UCAAUGAAUGAGACAAACUAUUCUCGGGUGUCAGAAUUUGUGUUGCUGGGACUCACUAGUUCCAAGGAGCUCCAACCUAUCUUGUUUGUCGUAUUUCUUCUACUCUACCUGGCAAUCCUGAUGGGCAACUUCCUCAUCAUCCUCACUGUGAUCUCAGACUCCCGCCUUCACACGCCCAUGUACUUUCUGCUUGCUAACCUCUCUUUCAUAGACAUGUGUGUUGCUUCUUUUGCUACCCCCAAAAUGAUUGCUGACUUACUGGCUGAACACAAGACUAUUUCUUUUGAUGCCUGCCUGGCUCAAAUCUUCUUUGUUCACCUAUUCACUGGUGGCGAAAUGAUCAUCCUUGUGUCCAUGGCCUAUGACCGCUAUGUGGCGAUUUGCAAACCUCUCCACUACAUGACCAUCAUGAGUCGUAAUGUGUGUGUUACUCUCGUCCUCAUCUCCUGGCUUGUGGGUUUCAUCCAUACAACUAGCCAGCUGGCUUUUACUAUUAACUUGCCUUUCUGUGGUCCCAAUGAGGUGGAUAGCUUUUUCUGUGACCUCCCCUUAGUGACCAAGCUGGCCUGCAUAGACACUUACGUUGUUAGCUUACUAAUUGUGGCAGACAGUGGCUUUCUCUCUCUGAGCUCCUUUCUCCUCUUGCUUGUCUCUUACACGGUGAUCCUUAUCACAGUGAGGAAUCGCUCCUCUGCCAGCAUGGCAAAGGCCCGCUCCACGCUGACUGCCCACAUCACCGUGGUCAUAUUAUUUUUUGGACCAUGUAUUUUCAUCUAUGUGUGGCCUUUCAGCAGUUAUUCAGUUGACAAAGUCCUUGCUGUGUUCUAUACCAUCUUUACUCCCAUCUUAAACCCAGUCAUCUACACCCUGAGGAAUAAAGAAAUGAAGGCAGCCAUGUCAAAACUGAGGAGUCGGUAUCUGAAGCCUGGACAGGUUAUGGCAAUUGUAAGAAAUGCUCUUUCCAUGGAAACAAAGUGA